CGUAGUGUAAAAACGGAAAGUACCAGUAUAUUCAAGUCAAAGAUUAAGUACAUCCUCUAAACAACGAAUGGUUGAUGGUCUUGGACGUACACUUUUUACACUUUUAUCACUAUUUUAACAGACAAGGUCUGAAAGCUCUUCUGGAAAAUGGCUCAGAAUUGCCUCAAGUGUUUGAAAUACACCAUGUGUGUGGUUAAUUUACUGUGCUUUAUGUGUGGAAUGGCGGUGUUUGGUUUUGGAGUGUACAUGAUGACAAUAUCGAAGGUGUCGUCCCUCAUCCCCACCCUGGCCUCCCUGAAUGUUGCCAACUUGCUCUUCAUCAUCGGCAUCAUCAUCACCUGUGUGUCCUUCCUGGGAUUCCUGGGAGCUCUGAAAGAGAACCGCUGCCUCCUCAUUGCUUUUUUUGUCCUGCUAUUCAUGCUGAUGUUGGCAGAGCUCGCUGGAGCUUGUCUACUGCUAGUGAAUGAAGAAAAGAUUAACAAUUUCCUAGAGACUGAUCUCAAAACAAGUUUGAAGACUACGGAAACUAAAAAUACAUCGAUGACUGACUGGGACAUCGUUCAGAAGACGUUUAUGUGCUGCGGGGUCUUUAACGCCAGUGACUGGAAGGUGCAACCUGCAUCCUGCUGCAAGCAGCCAUGUGAUGGAUGUUACACAAAGCUGAAGAAAUGGUUUGACGAGAACCUCCUGACCGUCGGGGUUGGUGUGAUUGUCCUCUGCAUUGUCGAGGUCCUGGGCAUGUGUUUCUCCAUGACACUGUUCUGCCACAUAAGCCGUUCUGGACUCGGCUACAAAUUAUGAAAAUACUGCCUCUGCAGGCUGGACUUUUCUGUUCCUAACAAAAACAUAUCCUAUCCUCACUUAUUUUACUGAGGACUUCCACAUAUAAGAAUGGAUAGUUAAUUUAUUUGACUUGUGUUUUUCUGUAAUAUAAUGCUCAAUCAGUUAAUUGCUCUCUAUGACGUUAUACAAGUGAUACUAUACUGACAGUUUGUAAUUACCCAAAUCUUUCAAUAAAAGUGUUAAUUCAU